AUGUCAGGCUGUUGUGUGGUGUGCCUUGACCAGGUUCUGUUAGGCUCAAAGCUCAACAUCCUGUUGAUUUUCUUGCCCAUUGCCAUUGCUCUCAAGAUCGUGGAGGUCUACUCUGGUGGCAAUGGAGCGACAUACGAUGCAGUCGUCUUUGUUGUCAGUCUGCUUGCACUGUGUCCCCUUGCUGAGCGCCUGGGAUUCAUCACUGAAGAGCUGGCAGCAUACACGAAUGACACCAUCGGAGGCUUGCUCAAUGCAACCUUUGGCAAUGCCACCGAGGUCAUCAUAUCCGGCUUUGCGCUAGCACAGGCAAAGGACAACCCCACUUUCUUGCGGGUGGUGCAGCUGUCGCUGCUGGGGUCUGUGCUGUCCAACUUGUUGCUGGUGCUUGGCACUGCCUUCUUCAUCGGUGGCAUUGUGCAUCGUUCACAGAGCUUCAGUCAGGAAG